UCCUUGGAUACAUUGCAAAUAUGGCGGCAUGAAACAACAAAGUCAAUGUCAAAAAUUUUAUCUUGUGUUUCAAGUAUUUUUAGAAUAACAAAUCUUGACAUAUUGCAGAAACUUCGAUCAAUUUUAAUUACAUUGUGGUGGUGCUUGAGCGUUAUCUUUCAGAACACUGUAACGAGCAGUACUGCGGCAAAAUGAGUAAGGACACUGAAUCACCACACACACCUGGUCUUGAUUCAACUGUGUCAGAUGAUACACCGGCACAAAGCCCCAGACCAGGUCCAUUUGACCAAGCUCAGUCGCAAAAGUUGGAAGGUGUUACACAGAUUCAUGCUGCUGCUGUAAACGGAGACAAGGCAUGGUUGGCAAGGCUUAUUGUCUCAAACUCUGGAACUGGCAUCAUAGAUUCUGGAGACCAGUUUGGGAGGACUCCACUCAUGUUUUGUGUCCUUGCUGACAGGCUCGAGUGUGCUGAACUUCUCCUGAAAGCAGGGGCUCAAACCAACCAGAGGGACAAAGGAGGUCGUACUGCCCUGCAUUGGGCAGCACAUAAGGGAAAUGUACGAUUAUUAAAACUGCUUCUGUCUAAAGGAGCUAACUGCCAUGAAAAGGACAAUGAAGGCCAGACAGCAUUGCAUUUAUGUACAAGACACAAGUCACCAAAAUGCAUGACCCUGUUGCUACGGCAGCUAUUGCCGGGAGAGAUUGAUGAUCAAGAUAGAAAUAAGAGAACCGCAUUACAUUGGGCAGCUUCCUAUGGUAACCUGGAACAUGUAAAAAUGCUGAUAAAACAGGAUUCAAACAUAGGUAUACCAGAUAUAGAAGGGAAAACACCUCUACACUGGGCAGCAAGCAGUAGGGAUCCUGAGGCAGUGAACUGUGUUAAACUGAUCUUGGAUACAACUCCCAGUGUUAUAAACUGGCAGGAUUAUGAAGGAAGGACUGCCCUACAUCUAGCCGUGGCAGAUGGCAAUGCAGCAGUUGUGAAAGCAUUGGUUGCAGUAGAAAAUUGUAAUGUAUCAGCAUUAGAUAACAUGUUUAGGACCCCGCUACACUGGGCUGCAGUUCUAGGUCAUUCAAAGAUAGUGUCUCUAUUGUUAGACAACAAUGCAGACUUUUCUAGUUCUGAUCAAAAUGGUGCUACCCCAUUACAUUAUGCUGCCCAAAACAAUUUUGAUGAAACAUGUGAGAUGUUUUUAGCACGUGCAAGUGUCACAGAUGAGGCAGAUGUUGAAGGACGUACAGCAUUUAUGUGGGCAGCAGGCAAAGGAGCGGAUCAAGUGAUAUCUGUUUUUAUCAAACAUAAUGUAGACAUACAACAAGUUGAUAAAAAUGGUGGAUCAGCUUUACAUGCUGCUGCACUUUCGGGCCAUGCAUCUUCUGUGAAAUUACUGCUGGACCAUGGAGCACACAUUGAUGCUACAGACUUUAUGAAGCAUACACCGUUGUUCCGAGCAUGUGAGAUGGGACAUACAGAUGUUGUACAGACUCUGAUAGAUGAUGGAGCAAGAGUAGACAUGCUAGAUGAUGAUGGCAGAUCUCCGCUACACUGGGCUGCACUUGGAGGUCAUGCCUAUAUAUGUCAGACUUUAAUCAAAUAUGGUGUCGACCCAAAUAUCAAAGAUUCAUCAGGGCGAACCCCUAUACAGUGUGCAGCCUACGGAGGUUAUGUGAAUUGUAUGUCUGUACUGUUGGAACAUAAAGCGGAUCCUAAUGCACAUGACUAUGAGGGUAUGACAGCACUACAUUGGGCAUGUAGUAAGGGCCAUCUAGAUGCUGUAAAGCUGCUUAUAGAAUACAGAACAUUUCCUAAUCACAUGGAAUUUACAGAAGACAGGUACACACCAUUAGACUACGCAUUGAUGGGUGAGCAUCAUGAAGUUGCGCAGUAUAUGUUAGAGCAAGGAGCAUUGUCUAUAACUGGUAUACAGGAUAUUGCAGCUCUGAAAAUCCAGUCAGCUUUCAGAGGAUAUCGAGUGAGGAAAACAUUUAAAGAAAACAAACGAUUGCUUAUGAAGCAUGAACAGUUAAAAAAAGAAGCAGCUCGGAAAAGAGCAACAGAAGAGUUCAGGAAGAAAGAAGAUGAUAAACAUCGUAGAGAAGUGGAGGAAAGACUACGCAAAACUUCAUUACACGGGAGUAAAUCCAAAUCUGAUCAUGAGAAAUCGCGGCGGGAACCGCCGAGGAAAGCUAGACGAGAUGCAAAAGAAGUAGAAGAACAAGCCCUACAGAAACAAAAAGUAGCCAAAAAUGUUAAAAAAGCUGAAACUAAUAGAUUACAUGACUUCAGACGCAAACAAUAUGCAGCAAUGCGGAUACAGAAAGCAUGGAGAAAUCAUAAGAUGCGAUCAUUUGCCAUUUUACUGACAGCAAAGCAAGCAGUACAUAAAAUGAGACUGAGACAAGGUGCAGAGGAAUUCCACAAACAGAUAGCUGCUCUUACCAUCCAGCUAGCGUGGCGUAAAUAUAUCAGACGGAAACUAUUGCAGUCGUUACACCCAAACAAACGACAGCUGAGAAUGUGGGAUCCAGAACUGAUAGCCAUGAAACAGAGAGCAUUGGUGUCACAGAUAUAUGGUGAACACAUUGAAGCCCCAUUUUGGCAUCCAAAUAUGUUGCGACCACAGCGGCCAUACUGGGCAAAGUUAGCACCCUCUUCAGCAGCUUUGUCAUAUAACUUUGCCAUAGACCAGUACCAUCCACUUGUGGCCAAAAAGGGCAGUAUGCCAUCUCCAUUUCUGGACGAGAAGGGUCAUCCCAAAGAGUUUAUAUGGCAGAUGAUUGAUGAAGAUGAGUUACAAGGUCAAUUAAGUCUAAUCAAGCUGCAAGAGAGCCAGUCUCAGUCUCGUAACUACUCGUACAACAUGAGGAGAUAACUCUCUCAUAACUACUUGUACAACAUGAGGAGAUAUCUUUGUCACCGUCCACAACAUAUAUACCGCUUCAAGUCAUUUACUUCAAAAUAACAUGCUGUCUUUAUCAUUAUUCUGAAGUAUUAAAGUCAAUAUUUUUCAGUAUAAAAUACGUUUUAUAUAGGACUGUUUAUAACUUACUUUAUGAAGUAACUUUGUACUGUAAGUGUUAAUACUUCUACAUAUUUUCAUACUGCUCAUCUGAAAAAGAAAACUUUUGCUGCAGAACUGUUUGCUUUAUACUGAAUACAUGGGACAGUAACUACAGUUUCUUGUUUUAUACUGAAUACGUGGGACACAGUAACUACAGUUUCAUGUUUUAUACUGAAUACAUGGGACACAGUAACUACAGUUUCAUGUUUUAUACUGAAUACGUGGGACACAGUAACUACAGUUUAUUGUUUUAUACUGAAUACAUGGGACACAGUAACUAUAGUUUCUUGUUUUAUACGGAAUACGUGGGACACAGUAACUACAGUUUCUUGUUUUAUACUGAAUACGUGGGACACAGUAACUACAGUUUCUUGUUUUAUACUGAAUACAUGGUACACAGUAACUACAGUUUCAUGUUUUAUACUGAAUACGUGGGACACAGUAACAACAGUUUCUUGUUUUAUACUGAAUACGUGGGACACAGUAACUACAGUUUCUUGUUUUAUACUGAAUACAUGGGACACAGUAACUACAGUUUGUUCACAGGUAUAAGAGAUCAUUAUGGUGACAUGGUAGGUUACUAUUUUGCUGUGGAUUGCUCUAUGGACAGUUCUGUGUCAGGUUAAUAUUGUCCAAGUAUUGUAAUUAAGUAACCGGCAUCUGUAAGCAUUGUUUUAUGCUUUAACAUGUAUUCUCAUUUAUACAUGUUUAUUUUCAAGAUUUAGGGAUGCCUUCUUUCUACUUACUAAAAUAUCAUUAAGUGCCAUGCUUCUGAUUUUUGUAGCCACUGGAGCACAAUGUUAGGCUUUGAAGUGGGACUUUAGUACAUGACUUGUUUAGAAAUGUCCUCUUUAACCAGAGAUGUCUAUUGGGGAAAUUGACUUGAGUUACAAGCAUACAGCUGAGGUUUUGCUCGGGAACAUUUUAUCGCUUUUAUAAAGUUGGACAGAUAUUAACUUCUGUAUAUUCUGUUCAGAUUGUAUUUGUAAAUUACUGAUAUAUUAAUGUGCAUCAUUGCUAUACUAAGUAGUUUAUCAUUCUCAUCCUUUCAUAGUCCUGAGAUCAUUUAUUCAGGAGGAUUUGUGACCAAAUGCCACUGAGUGGCUUAAAUCAUUAAACUGUAAUGUAAACAAACAAAUAAAACUUUCGGAAAAAGCAAGAAGUUAAACCAGGGAACUAAGGUAGAUCUCUUGUAUGAAAAAAUUAUAGUUAAUUCACCAGUCUUAAAAUGUCUUGAUGUGUACACCUGGAUUUUCUCACUUGUUAUAAUUUAUUGUAUAUCUAUUUAAGUUCUAUAGAAAAACAGGUUAUAUUUCAUAAAUAAAUACAAACAGACAAAUA